CCCACUGGUGGUCCGGCAACGCUGCCGAUCAGCUGUUUUCCGCCGCAUUUCGAUUUUGUAACAGUUUGGAAAAUUUUUUGUAUUUAAUUUUUUAAAUCGAACUGGGAAAAUGCAAAGUCUAACGCGAUUGCUGAGCACCAGCUUGAGCCUGCAAACGUCGCCUCGCAUGGCGGCAGUGGGCGGUGCCCUGCAGCAGCUGCGCGGCAAAACCAAAGUGGUGGAGAAACCAAAACCAGGUGCCGGACAGCAAUUCCGGCGAUCUGUCCACUUUCCGGAGGAGUACACGGUGGAGCCGCUGAAGAUUACCCACUUGGCCGGCCGUGAUCCGGUCUCGGGUCGUCUGGUGGCCAAGGGCAUUGGCGGCGGCCUGAAGCAGCAGUAUAGGUGGGUCAAGUGGGUGAGGGAUGGUCCCACAGACGGUGCCCAGGAGGAACUGGUCUUGGAGGUGAUACGCGACGGUUGUCGCACGGCCAAAGUGGCCCUGGUGGCCGUCGGCGAUGAGCUCAAGUACAUCCUGGCCACCGAGAACAUGAAGGCGGGCGACAUCCUCAAGACCUCGCGACUGAUUCCCAGGAUUCCGGUACGUCCCAACGAAGGUGAUGCGUAUCCACUGGGAGCCCUGCCUGUGGGCACCCGCAUCCACUGCCUGGAGAAGAACCCCGGACAGACGUGCCAUCUGAUCCACGCCGCCGGCACCUUUGGCACCAUCCUGCGCAAGUUCGACGACAAGGUGGUGGUGCAGUUGCCCUCCAAGCGAGAGUUUGCCUUUCAGCGCACCUGCAUGGCCACUGUGGGCCGUCUGUCCAACCCGGACCACAACAAGGAGCAUGUGGGCAGUGCCCAGCGCAUGCGGGAGUUGGGCAAUCGCCCGCGUUCCGGCCUGUGGAAACGCAAGGAGGGCAAGCACGGUCGCAAGAUACGCCGUCUGCCGCCCAUGACCACAAUAUCGCCACCGGCGCCGCCCAAAGAGGAGGCCAUCAAGUUGACGCUGCCCCUGUAAGGAUCUUCCUUUAAUUUCUAUGUGUCACACAAUAUACAACUAGAACUAGAACUACAGCUA